UGUACCUUUUUGUGUUAAAUUAAACAAGACAUUUUAAUUUUUUUUUUGCUUUUUAAGAAUGAAGUCAAACUAUAUUAUAAUAAAAGAAUUUCCGGCACAAAUAACAAAAAAAGAAGUAAACAAAAUCAGAUCUAUUAUUUCAUCCAAUGACCCUCAAUCUACGAUAAGGUGCUUGAACGUUACUGAAUCAGGAAACGUGGCUAUUGUUAUUAAGUUUCAAAAUGUCACUUACGCAGAAAAAGCUGUUACAAGAUACAAUAAUUCAAAGCUUCUUGGACGAUGUGUUACCAUUGAAUAUUAUCAAAGUCCUGUUGAAGAACAUUUGAAUUAUUAUAUUCCCAGUCCUCCCAAAUCAUGCAGUGUUCUAGCAACAACUCAACCUGAAACAAAACGAAGGAGAUUACCCUGCAUCGAUAAUAAAGCAUCAAAGAUGUUUUGUGAUGAAAUUGAAACUAUUAAUCAGAAUUUUAAACAGGUUAAUCAAGAAAACUGUGAUCCCUUGAGGACAAGUAAUUGCAGUCAGUCAGACGUUGAUUACACGGUAUAUAAUCUAAACGAAAGUUUAACAUCAAGUAGAAAGAAAAAGGCUAACUACAGGAGAAGAAUAAGGAAGGAAAUAUUAAACAGUAAAUCACAUAUGACUUCCAACCAACGCACUUCGAAAAAUGUGCAUUUUUCUCUUCAAAAUCCCCAAUAUUGCCCUGAUACUAGUUUCCAAACUAUGUGGAGGGUGCUGGACGAUGCUUUGAUUCGAAUACAAAGUAGUAGUAUGGUGCCUAUUCCAAAGCCUUCCAGUUGCGAUGAAAGGCGUACAACAAAAUUUAAUACAUCCAGAGAUUUUGCUGAUAUGUUAGCACACAAGACUGGCUUACCUACGACCAAACAUGUAUCUAAAAAAAUUGGUAAAACUUCGCAUCGAAAUGAUACCAAGGGUAACGAAUGGGAAAGUGAGGAAGGAACCAGAAGUUAUAGUAACUACAAUAACAGAGCGUCUGCAGUGGAUAUCUUGGAUGAGAUGCGCGCUCCUUGUGGUCUUGGCAAGAAGGAUUUAAGCAAUGGAGCAAUAACAUCAAAUCAUCAAAGUAAGGAGGGAGACUUUCUUAGUGAAAAGAAUAACUGUGUUCUACAAUUUACAAAGACAAAUUCCAAAUUUGAACUUGUAGCGCGGGAAUUAAAAUCGUCUGAUGUGAUGCAUACUAAAAAUAUUCAAUCAAUUGAACCAAACUUAACUCAAACUGGUAACAUCCGGGUAAAAGUUGAUAGAGGAUUUCCACCACUUCAAAUAGAUGCCUUUAAUUCAAACAAGAGCUUGAAACAAGAAGAAGUGUUAAGAAAUCGAUUGUUUAUGUUUUAUGAAGUAGCCGAUAUAAAUAUGAUCAUACCUUUUAAACCAAUGAAAGACUGCUUACUGGAAAAUUUGUUACCACCUGUUCCCAGCGAUGAGGAAAUAGUGGCAAUUAUUGAAGACGUGAUCACUGGUGCAAAAUAUAAUGCUGUUGCAGGCGUUUUACGAGGUAUACGUUGCAGAGGAUAUGUUGACAAACAACUUUUAAAGUUUGAAAAUAAAGAAAACCAAGGUGUAGCUUCCAUAAAAGUCAAUAUUGAUAAACAGUCAUCCAUGGACACACAUUCUAAAGUCGGGAAACAUGAGGCCGUUACCAUACAAGCGAAGGUUGAGAAUCAAGCAACCGUGAUCACACAAGUGGAGACCGAAAAGCAGGCGGCCAUGGAUUCAAAAGCUGAGGCUUCCAAGCAUGCAACGAUGGACACACAUGCGAGACCUGAAAGGCGAGAUCUGGUGAAGAAUCACACGUGUACUAAAACACAAACCAAUAGUGAUGAGUUGAACAAAAAGGAGAGACUUCAGGUGUUCAAGAAUGAUUGUGUUGCCAUAACAACAACAGUCAAACUGUUAAUCAGGAAGAAUCCUGAUUUAGAAGCGAGGUUGGUUUUAUCCUGUAAAGACAUUUUGAAUGAGCUUAGUUUGGCGUUCCAAAGAAAUAUGGCGUUGAGUUGACUCAGUGGCGUUUCAAAGAAAUAUGGCGUUGAGUUGACUCAGUUUAAUAUUUAUUUCCUUGUAGAAGACCUUUGCUUUUGUCAGAAUUAGCAUAUCAAUCAAUUUCAACGCCCUUUGUCCACCCCUUUCUUCCAAGGUGUUACUCACAAGAAACCUCCUGUUUCUGUUAAAUUCACUGGAUCUGUUUAAUAUUGGUAACGGAAUACCUUUAUAAGCCUAUUCGUAGUUUGAUGACAGAAUGCAAGUUUUUUCUCUGUUUCAAUUAUUUUAUUUUUGCAGUCAUUGCGAAUAACUUUUGUUGAUGUUUCAUAUAUUAUAUUUUUUGUUUGUUUUUUACGUAAAAAGAAGUUAUUAUGGUAAUGUAUCAUAAAAGUUAAAAAUGAAAAGUUAACAGAGCUAUUAUUUAUGUAAAAAUAUAGAAAGUUGAGAUUUGUAUAUAGUUUUUUAUAUGCUUUAUUUAUUUUAUUUGUUGUUUUUAUUUGUUUGUAUUCAUGUUAUGCAGAAAAAAAAAAUUCCAUUUCGAUAUCUCUGGCCUAAGAUUCAGUGCCAACUUUGUUCCCAUUCUUCUUCACAUUUUUUAUAGCUAAAUUCGUUUUUUUCACACUGUUCAGAGCUCAACAAGGCAGGUUUUUAUCCAUAGAAAUUCGCAAUACAAUAAGGUGUGAACAGAUGG